ACAAACUUUGUACAACUUGAUUGACAAACAAAAUAUGAUAUCAACUGUCACAAAAAAAGUUGACAAACAGAAGAAAAAGAUGAGACGAGAAAAAAGCAAAUACUUCAUCUUUGAGGUCUAUUGAAGAAGAAUUGACUCUCUCAUUCACUACCAACUGAAAAUGGAGACGAAGCCGCUUUGUCUAAUUACACAGCAACCAUUCUUCAGCGCAGUUGAAUCAGGCGAUAUCGAAUCAUUGAAGCUCAUUAUCGACCAAUUAGCUCAAGAUGAAGUACCUGAACGAGGUUCCAUCGCUGCUCUAAUGUCGCUGCGAAAUACUGCAGGAGAGACGGCCUUGUAUGUAGCAGCAGAUAAUAACUUAGUUGAGAUGUUCAAUUAUUUGCUCAACUUUUGUGAGAUUCAAAUUGCCAUGAUUAGGUCUAAGUCUGAUCUCAGCGCCUUUCACAUUGCUGCUAAGCGCGGUCAUUUAGAAAUCGUACGACAAUUGCUGAACAUAUGGCCUGAGCUUUGUAGGUCAUGUGAUUCCUCAAAUACUUCUCCUCUCUACUCAGCUGCUGUUCAGGAUCACUUAGAAGUGGUGAAUGCUAUAUUGGACACAGAUGACGGUGCAGCAAGAAUUGUCAGAAAAAAUGGAAAAACUGCUUUGCACACUGCUGCUAGAUAUGGUCUUUUGGAUAUAGUCAGAUUACUUGUUGAAAGAGACCCCGGGAUUGUCUCCAUCAAAGACAAGAAGGGUCAAACAGCACUCCAUAUGGCGGCUAAAGGCCAGGAUCCUUCAAUAAUGGAGGAGUUGCUGCUUGCUGAUUGUUCAGUACUUAAUGAACGUGACAAAAAGGGUAAUACAGCUGUGCAUAUAGCAACAAGGAAAUGCCGCUCCCAGAUAGUCUGCUUUCUGCUGACUUAUGUAUCCACUGAAGUCAAUGCCAUCAACAAUCAUAAUGAAACAGCAAUGGACUUGGCAUCAAAGCUUCAAUAUGGGGAGUCUGCAUUGGAAAUUAGGGAAGCUCUAAUAGAGGCUGGUGGAAAUUAUGCCAGAAAUGUUGGCAAGAUGGAUGAAGCUAUGGAACUGAAGAGGACCGUAAGUGACAUAAAACAUGAGGUACAGUCACAACUUAUACAAAAUGAGAAGACGAACAAAAGAGUUUCUGGCAUAGCUAAAGAACUGAAAAAACUUCACAGAGAAGCUGUACAAAACACGACCAAUUCUGUGACAGUUGUUGCGGUGCUGUUUGCCUCUAUAGCUUUCUUGGCAAUAUUUAAUUUAAAUGGCCAAUAUGUAAUGGUCGGACCAGAAGCAGGAAAAGCCAACAUUGCUGGCACUGUUGCCUUCCGGGUUUUCUGCCUUUUAAAUGCUAUGUCUCUUUUCAUUUCUCUAGCUGUUGUCGUUAUCCAAAUAACUUUAGUAGCAUGGGAUACUCAAGCUCAGAAGCUAGUCGUCACUGUUACUAACAAGCUCAUGUGGGCUGCCUGCCUUAGCACUUGUGGGGCGUUCUUGGCAAUAGCUUUUGUGGUCGUAGGAGAUGAAGGUUCGUGGAUGGCUAUCACUGUGACAUUAAUGGGGACGAUCAUGAUGAUGGGGACUCUGGUUAGUAUGUGCUACUUUGUGUUUCGGCAUCAUUUCAGGUUUCUUGGUAAUGAUUCACAGAGACGCAUCAAAAGGGGAAGCGGAAGCAAAUCUUUCUCUUGGUCCUAUUCCAUCAAUGUUUCUGAAUUUGAUGAGUAUAACUCAGACCAUGAGAGAAUUUAUGCUCUAUGAUGGCAAGUUGAUUCCAAAGAGUGUUCCGGAAGGAUCUACUUCAUGUGGUAUUGAGCGUCGAUGCUGAUUUCCUUUCUAUAUGUUCUGCUUGUUUAGAAUCUGUACCUUUAUUCAUAGUGUAUAUUCAGAGAAUCUUUUCUGUCAAUAAUGCUUUAAGUAACAAUAAUUCCAAAUUCCUGUUGUUUUGAAACAUAAUUUUCAGCAUACCAUCUAUGUAACAUUGUUUGUGCA